AUGUCUACGUCGUCAACUCUUUGUUUGCUUUUGACGUUGUUUUGGCUUUGUUGUGGAUGCCUUCCAUGUAAAGCGAUCGACAACGCAACUUCUGGGGAUGCGGGAUCGAUGUCAAAUAUGCUGACCUUUUCAACGAUGGAAGAGUUCACCAAAACAGCCUUUUCCCUACAACUGCCUUUGGUCGUCGUCGUCUUCAAUGACGAGGAGUCUGUGGAAAGGACGACUGAAUGGAAAGAGUUCGUUGAGGAGCUGAGUUCAUUACUCCAUGAUUUUCUUAUACGGGUGGGCUACGUAACGUCUAACUCGGAGGUCGGCAAGCAUCUGAAGACUAUCUACGGCUUCAACCCCCCGUCCUUGAUGUUUUUUGAUGGCUUUUUAUCCUUUUCGCCAUUCAACUCGUCCACACUGAACAAGUAUCCAAAGUUUUAUAGCGGAAACUUGGCGUACAAGUCGGUCCUGCGCUGGAUAUUGCAGUCCAUCGCGCCCGACUUUAUAACUCGUUUGGAGGAUGAAAAUGACCUUUGGGAGUGGUUUCACCAAAUGCCGCGAUACCCCCAACUGCCCCGAGUGCUUUACUUCACGGGGAAGUCCUACGUGGGCCCGGUGUAUCGUCUUUUGAGCCAAGCCCUGCACCCCGAUGCGGUGUUUGGGGUUGUUUUGGACCCGUUCGCCGGCGAUCCCGAGAAAACGGCCCUCGCGCGGCUCUACGACCUCCACCACCCGGCCGAGCUCCCCGCGCUGUUCGUCCUGCACCCGCGCGCGGACGACCCGGACGGCCUCGAGGACGACGUCCACCGACUUCAAUCCUUCACCCCCAAAAGUACCCUGCACGGCAUCCUCAACGAUCUCUUGAAGCACCUGCCGGAGGCGUCGGCGAAUAUCAUGCGCAAUUCCGGCGCGGGUGCCGACCCCACGACAAUUGGGGAUCUUUGGAAAAGACGCUUGUACAUCCUCGGCGAGGUCGAAAAGGCCCGGCAGGCGAUUCGGAAAUACGCAUCAAACCACACCUCUGGGCCGUCGAAAUUUGGCAACCGCCCGGUGGCGGUUCGCAGCCAGGACGAGUGGGAAAGAAAUUGCCUCCACUUGCCUACAGGGCAUCAGUGUUUGGUGGCUUUUAGCGAAUUCGCCCUGAUGGAGAAGGCGAUUUCCAUUUUUGAAGGCGUGGCUGAAAAAUGUUCGGGGUUAUUGAGUUCGGAAAUCGCUCAACGGGUUCAUUUUGUGGUGGUUGAUGCCACAUCCAGUGUGGAGGUGAUGGCGUUUUUCGGCGUCGACCCUGGUCAUCUCCCUGCCGUAGUCUUACUUGUGAAUGACCCUGAACUUUACUUCAACUUUGAUGGUUCGUUUUCGGAAGAUCCCCUCGUGGAGUUUUGUCAAUCUAAGCUGCAAGCCCAGACCGCUUCAGGCCACAAGUCCUUUAGCGUGAAAAAGAUACCUCCAUUUUCAAUAUCCAAGGGUGAACCCCCUGAGCAUCCCUCUGAGGAUACUCAGGAAGGGUACGAAGGCGACUUAUAA